AUGCUCUGGGUGGGCUGGCCGAGGUGGCUGGCAGACCAGAGUCUGCCCCUCCUGGGGGCAGUGCUGAUGCAGAAGACAGAGAAGAAGGGACUUCAGAGCAGGCAGUGGAGGGGGGAAGUGCACCCCUAUUAUGACCUCCAGGUGAAGGUGCUGCGGGCCAGAAACAUCCGGUGCAUGGACCUGCUAUCCAAAGCUGACUGCUUCGUGCAGCUGAGACUGCCCACAGCAUCUCCGGACACUAUGCAGACCAGGACAGUGUACAACUGCAGCAACCCUGAAUGGAACGAGACCUUCCACUUCCGGUUGCAGAGCGUGGUGAAGAACAUCCUGGAGCUCUCCCUCAAUGACAAGGACAUCGUGGUAAACGACCAGAUCUUCCAGAUGUCCUUUGACCCAGGGAUCCUCAGUCCAGGGAAACCCUACAAAUAUACCUUCAGAAUCCAGGACCCGAAGCCACAGGAGCUGCAGGUGGAAUUUGUUCUGGAGGAAAGCCAGCUGCCCGCCUCCGAGGUCAUCACCAAUGGGGUCCUGGUGGCACAGCCCUGCCUCCGGGUCCAGGGCAGCCUGGAGGAAGACGGCCCGCACUCAGCUCUGCCCCGGGACUACGGAUCCAGGUAUGUUCUGGUGUCCGUGCCUGGGGCCCCCGAGAAGCCACAGCGCUUGGCCCUGCAGCCCACCGUGGACAGGGGUCUCCCCACCACCUUCUGCUUCCACAUGAACCCUGUGGUCAGCCCCAGGCUGGAGGUGGCUCUGGAGGAGAAGCUCCAGGUCCUGCAGAGCGGCCUGAGCGGGGAGCUGGAGACCCAGACCAGCAAGCUGGGUGAGGGGCCACUCCCGCUGUCCUCUGUGCCUCUGGGCUGUGAGCAGCGCCAGACGGUGGCCCUGGGGAAGGACCAGGAGGUGACCCUGCGCGUGAAGGCAGAGAUGAGCUCUGGAGACCUGGAUGUGCGCCUCGGUUUUGACCUCAGCGACGGGGAGAAGCAGUUUCUGGACAAGAGGAAGUCAGUUGUGUCCACGGCCCUGCAGAGCGUGCUGGGACUGAGCCGUGCUCCUGACCAGGCCCAGGUGCCCGUGGUGGCAGUCCUGGGGUCCGGAGGUGGGGCCCGUGCCAUGUCAGCCCUCUAUGGCAGCCUGGCAGGCCUGCAGGAGCUGGGCGUCCUGGACACGGUCACCUACCUGGGCGGGGUCUCUGGGUCUACCUGGUGCAUCUCUACCCUCUACAAGGACCCAGCCUGGUCGCAGGGGGCCCUGCAGGGACCCAUCGAGCAUGCCCGGGCCCGGGUCUGCAGCAGUAAGACAGGGGCCUUGUCUACAGAGCAGCUGCAGUACUACGCCCAGGAAGUGCUGAGCGCAAAUAACGGAAGCCAAGGCAUCUCCCUUGUCGACCUCUGGGGUCUCCUCAUCGAGUACUUCCUGCACCAGAAGGAAAACCCUGCCAAGCUGUCUGACCAACAGAAGGCUGUAAUCCAGGGCCAGAACCCGUACCCCAUCUAUGCUGGCAUCAACGUCCACAGCAAGCGCAGCGGGGAGGAUUUUGCAGAAUGGUGUGAAUUCACCCCCCAUGAGGUCGGCUUCCCUAAGUACGGGGCCUAUAUCCCCACGGAACUCUUUGGCUCCGAGUUCUUCAUGGGCCGACUGCUGCAGCCACGGCCUGAACCCCGCAUCUGCUACCUGCAGGGGAUUUGGGGCAGCGCCUUUGCUGCCAACCUGGAGGAGAUCUGCGAGGUCUUCCUGAAGCCAAACAACCGCAUCUUCCUGGAUGGGCAGCAGAGAGGCUCUGUGGAUAACCCAGAGGAUGUUGGGAACGCCACCGUGGGAGUCAUCGCCCCGCAGGCACCCUUCUCCCAGGUUCUGCAGAACCUCCGCCAGAGACGUUUCUCGGCGGACCAGAAGCCCAACUUCCUCCGAGGCCUGGGCCUGCACCGCAGCUACGAGACCAGCAGGGAGUUCCUGGCCUGGAAAAAGAAUCAUCUGGAUUCCAAGCCCAAUGAGCUCACACCCAUGUGGGACUGCCUGAAGCUGGUGGACGCAGGCCUGGCCAUCAACUCCCCCUUCCCGCUGUGCCUGUCCCCGCACAGGGCCGUGGACCUCAUCCUGUCCUUUGACUACGCCCUGUCCAGCCCUUUUGAGGUGUUGCAGGUGACGGAGAGGUACUGCCGGGAGCGGGGCAUCCCCUUCCCGCGGAUCCAGGUGCGGCCCGAGGAUUUGGAGGAGCCGCAGGAGUGCUACCUCUUCGCUGAGGCCGAGGACCCCCGCUCGCCCAUCGUGCUGCACUUCCCGCUGGUCAACAGGACCUUCCGCACACACCGGUCCCCAGGCGUGGAACGGCAGACGGCAGAGGACAGGGCCUUUGGGGAGUUUUCCGUCGACGGCGCCAGCACCCCCUAUGGCACCACGAACUUCACCUACACACCCGAGGAGUUUGAGCGGCUGGUGGCCCUGAGCCGCUACAACGUCCUCAACCAGGCGGGGCGCGUGCGGCAGGCGCUGGAACUGGCCCUGCGCCGGCGGCAAGAGUGGGGGGCUGGCCUGGAGGGCUAG